AUGAAGGAGGAGCUACAUUUGAAGAAAGCAACAGUGAAGAAGAUGAAUUCAGCUUCAGAUCAGAUUUGCACCAGCGCCACUCAUCAUCCACCUUUCUUCUUCCUCUGUUCUCGGCCUAUAUAUACUCACCCCACUCGCUUCUCCCUCUUCACCUCGUGCCCUGCUUCUUCCCUCCCUCCUCAUCCUCCCUCACCACCGGAGCUGGCGAUUCCGAUCUCUCCGGAGGCGUCCGUGAAAGCCCUGUAUGAGGCCAUAAAGCGGCGUGACGCGGGGGCGUUGAACCAGCUGCUGGCCCCGGACCUCGAGUGGUGGUUCCACGGCCCUCCCAAUCGCCAGCACCUGAAGCGCCUCCUCACCGGCGAGGAUGAGGCCUUCGAGUUCUUGCCGCAGGAGGUGGCCGCCUUCGGCUCCAUCGUGGUGGCGGAGGGAGGCGGUCCCGGCGCCGCCGUGUGGGUCCACGCGUGGACCGUGGGCCCAGACGGGGUGAUCACCCAGGUGCGGGAGUACUUCAACACCUCCCUCACCGUCACUCGGGUCGAAGGCGACGCCCGCGGUUCCGACGACGAGUCGCCCGGGUUGACUCAGUGCUGCGUGCGGGUGUGGCAGAGCCAGCGAUCCCCCAAGGCACUGCCCGGCCUCGUCCUUGCGAUAUAAUUAAUAUAUCAUUAUAAAAUAAUAAAAUGCAAAUAAAUAUGUUCCUUGAGUAAUUGUUUGUGUUGUUGAUUGUGUUUGAGGUUAAGGCGGUUGGAGGUAAUUAAUUAAUUAGGAGUUAAAUGGGAUUUGGGAGUUGUGGGGGGGUUUUUAAGUUGUGUUGUUUUGUGUAUGUGUUUAGUGUAUGUGGAGUUAAAUUAAUUAAUAAGAA